AUGACAGACAACCUGGCAACGCCGUCGACGCUACCCGCGCCUUCCUCUCUGACUGUCUAUCCUUUCGACAAGCCAUCCUCGAAGGACGCGACUCUAAAGGUCAAGCCCAAGAAGGAAGAAGAUUCCAUCCAGUGCAUCUGCGACUUCUCCGGCGAUGACGGAAACACAAUCUUCUGUGAAGAGUGCAAAACAUGGCAGCACAUCGCGUGCUACUACCCAGGUCGCGAGACCGAAGCACUGGAAGAGGAGUUCCGUCACUCGUGUGCAGAUUGCGAGCCCCGAGAACUGGACAAGAGAAAAGCCGUGGAGCGGAUGAUGCAAGUCAAGCUGGGCAUUCAACCCCUCGACUGCGAAAUUCAUGACAAAAAGGCCAAGAAACCUCCGUCCAAAUCUCACAAGAAGAAGAUCAAACCCAACGAUCUGCACCUGAAUGGUCACCUGGGGACGGAUGGCCACAAGCACGGUAGUCCACCUGACCACCCGCCUACGAAGAAAGCAAAGACCUCCCACAAGUCUAGUCAUUCUGUCAGUGCAGCACCAGCAUCCAGGCGCAGUCCUUCACACUCCGCACCGAAAGCCAACCAUCACGGCCAUCCUUUAAGCCCCGCGACAACACCUCCGGAUGUUCUUGCGGACUUCGAAUUCUCGGCCUACACCCCUCGUUUUCUUUCUCUCUACGAUGAUCCCGUCGAGAUUGUUGAUACCAAUACCAUAGCUACUCUCAAGACCACAGAUCGCAUGUCACUAUGGUCGAGGCCAGAGGGUGCUGCUAUGUUUCGGCAAGAUACGAGAGCAGAGUUCGACGAGGUCGUCCAGAGGAAAACUCCUUCCCCACUCCAGCCUCCCCUGCGCGUAGAAAGGAGAGAGCUGCACGUGUCCAAAGAUAUCGUCCUGUCCAUGCCGCACCUCGUCACGUCGUCGCCUGUUGACCAGCAAGUUCCGAUGAUAGAAUUGAACGGUCUCGUGGGCCUGCAAAAAGACUACUGCGAUGACUCGAACAACCGUUACAAGGAACUAAGCGCACCCCUACCUUUUGUCUUUUUCCCAUCACACAUUCCUCUGUACAUCGACACCAGGAGAGAAGGGUCCAAUGCCCGCUAUGUCCGCCGAUCUUGCCGGCCGAACGCCCGGCUGCUCACAUACUUGUCCGACGACUCCGACUGGCAUUUUUGGCUGGUGAGCGAGCGGCCCAUUGAUGCGAAUGAAGAAGUCACUGUUGGUUGGGACAUAUCCCUUCUACCACCUUAUCGGGCACGCCUAGAGCGCCUCCUCAAUCAUAGCGGCGAAGAGGCAAACGAGCACUCUGCCACGGAUGUGGUCGCGGACAUGGAGCAGUCGGAGUAUGAUGCCCUCUCCCACUCUAUCACCUCCGUCACAAUGGAGUACGGAGGAUGUGCCUGCGAUCUUGGCAGUCAUUGUGCUUUUGCCCGCUUCGACCGCCCAUACCACGACAAGUCGCAGCACAGACCGAACGCACCAAAGCGGAAGCGAGCCAAGUCGAAGGCGCACACUAUCUCUCCGACCAGCACCAGCCAAGCGACCAACAGCCGGGCAGCCAGCGAGAACCACCUCGAUGAAAUGCCCGAUCAUGACCACCAUUCCUCCGCAGAGUCCUCGCGAAGCAAGCCUCCAAGCCGGGACAGAACUCCAGCACGACUGGGAUCGUUCGAUACACUUGGAAUACUGACAGAACCGACAAACCGCGACAAGAGAAAGGUUCAAAUAGCCGAGAACUUGUUCCAGAAGUCAGCGCAAGAGGAGCAACUGCCGCGAAAGAAGAAGAAGAGCGUCGAUGCGCCAGCAGCGCUUUCGAAUGCAUCAAGAUCCAAGAACCGCAGCAGUACCAGUCACGCGUCCGAAAGGAUCAAUGGAACAGAUACAGGAACCUCUGGCAGCAAGGUGGUCUCACCCGUGAGUAUCGCAUCGCGUGCUUUGGCGGACACGACUCCAAAUGUCUUGAUGCGCCACCCUUCUGCUGCGUCGGUCUCGCCGCGUCGCAGCCCGUCGUCCACGUUGAGUUCCUACUGCGAUGCCGCCGUGCAAACAGAAGCCGUGGCCGUCAAAUACCCGUUCCAGCAGCCGGCCCAGCCUCGUCCACCGCGGAGGAGAAUCAUCUCUCUCACAACGAGGUUAAUGCUCCAAAAGCAGAGAGUCACAUCCUCGCCACCAGAGCCAAGUAGUGCGAUGGAUCUGGACACGCUAGUGACGACAAAAAGUCCUCAGGGCUCACCAACGAGUGUGCUCAAGCAGACUUCCCUGUCAUCACCUACCUCGACUGGAGACGACGCCCCUAUGCCAGACGCAGACUCAAUCACCAUUGCCGACGACACGGGUCUAUCGCAAACCAACGGCGCCGAUACAACAGUCCCUAUCAAGGUUAAGUCGCCCGAGUUGCGCGUCCAGAUGCCACCUGUCCCGAUCUUUACAAGCCCUCCAUCCGCUGCGGCAAUCUCCACGCCUGUCUCUUCUCAUGGCUCAAUGGUGCACUCGCCAUUCUCUGCCACGAACCUCGCAAACCCCUUCGCACCUCCAGCAGUCAAUGGGGUUGCUGCCCACCCAAGCCCCAUCAAAAAGAAAAUGAGCUUGAGCGAAUACAAGAACAAGGCGAACAAGGCGGCUGCG